CAGUUCUCUCAUUCAAUACACUACCCAUAACACCUUGCGGUCCUUACGGAAGCCCUUUUCUUCCCUUCCGCCGUAGUCGACUCCUUCCUAAAAUUACACAGGCCGGUCACCAUGGCAGCCCUCCGACCUCUUACCAAGCCGAAGAUUGUCAAGAAGAGGGUUAAGAAGUUCAUUCGCCAUCAGUCUGACAGAUAUGUCAAGGUCACGAAAAGCUGGCGUAAGCCCAGGGGUAUUGACAACAGAGUCCGCAGGCGGUUUAAGGGCCAGAUGCUGAUGCCCAACAUCGGUUAUGGUAGCAAUAAGAAGACCAAGCACAUGCUGCCCUCUGGCUUCAGGAAGUUCCUGGUGCACAACAUCAAGGAGCUCGAGGUCCUCAUGAUGAGCAACAAGACUCACGCUGCUGAGAUCGCCCACAACGUGUCUUCCAAGAACAGGAAGCUGAUUGUGGAGAGAGCAGCCCAGCUGGCCAUAAAGAUCACCAAUCCCAACGCCAGACUCCGCAGCGAGGAGAACGAGUGAUCCAGCCAUUAUUUCUCAAUAAAACAGAUGUUUAAAUGUA